CACGGAACGAGUUGGUUCAGAGCCCUUCAUGCCUCUGCUGGAAGCAGCGUGGUCCACUGACAAAAGUGACGGAGCCUGGCAUUCGGCACUGCUGUGGUUGCAAUCCCAGCUCUGCCUAUAGCCUGCACUAUAACUUUGGACAAGGCGUUCGCCCCUCACCUAUCUGAGAAACUAAUUCUCUUCUAAAAUCUUUCCCCUCGUUUCUUGUUUAUACAAUAGAAAUAAUUAUGUCAAACAGCUUUAUAAAGCAUUCUUAGCCAUUUUGAUGAAAACGCUGCCAAAAGUACUUUUAAGCAAGUUAUCAGUGAUGAAAUUUUUGCAUCUAGGGACCUUGAUCUUCUAAAAAAUAAUGACGUUCUCUAGAAAGUGGCUUCCCUGCAGUUUUUUCUAUACAACUCCUCAGAAAGUUUUGGAGUGGAGGAAAUUUGUUACCACCUGAGAUGCUGCUGUACAGUGUAUGUUGUCGUACUGACAGACAGGAUGAGUUGGCAUUCAUAUCUCGUUUGCAGCAACAGUCUCCUGCAUAAAGUCUUCUGUGUUUGUUAAAUAGCAGAGAAAAUGACAGGAAGCUGGAUCAGGUUUUAGUUUCUGUCUAAGUAGCAAUUUAGCAGUAUGGAACACUUUGCGAAUGUUCUUAAUUAAUUCUGGCAUUUCCCGGUGAGGCAGGAAAGUGGAAACAAUCAGGCCAGGACUGCCUCUUAGGCCCGUCUAUGUGGCAAAGUUAUUUGUGCAGUAAACUAGACUGUGAGUUUAUAGCACACCAGCUACUCUGCAACUUCCCAUGUGAACCCUUAUCAGAUACAGCUACACCAACCAGCUGCUGAGGGGCCAGGGUAUAGAUCUUUACCGUGUUAGUUAUGCCAGAGAUGCUGCUUUUGCCAUGCAGUGAAUUUGAGACUGUUUCGCCCCCUUCACUUCCUUAAAAAAAUCAAUGUAGAUUAAACUUUGGCUUUUUCAAAUAUGGAAUGCCUCAACCAGCACAAACAACGCUUAUUAAUAUCUGCACUGCCUUCUGAACUGGUUUAGCCAUUUUUUUUCUGAAGUACACCUAGUGAAAGUACGUAGUGAAGCUGAUGUAGGUGACCUCUGAAUAUGCGGAUCUGUGCAGAACGGAGCAAAUAGCGUGCUCCAUCUCAGCUGGGCUUUCUGCUUGCUGCAGUACAAAAGUUUAAUCUGUUUCACAGAUGGGCGAAGAACUUGGCAAAGAUGAGUGAAUGGGGGAAUUAGGUAUCUGUGCCAUGCUUUAUACAUUGCAUUAACUCAUUCCUCAUUGGAAGUGGGAGUGUAAACAAGACCAGACUUUCAGACCUGAGCUCUUUUGCCUUUGUAAGAUGCUGCUUUUAUGCGCACUGCAGUAAAGAAGAUCAAAUGUGUCUUUGGGUGCUUUUACAUCCUGCAGAUAGUUUCAUAGUAAAGAAAGGAAUUUGGAUUUCAUGAGCCUCCUUCCCCCCGUCUCCCAGCCGUGCAGGCAAAGAGAAGCUCUUCGGUGUUAGCUACAACUCAGUGUAAGCUGUAGUAGUGCAUGUACACACAAGUCCUCCUCACCUGUACUCAUUGCAAGGAUUCUAACUUUUCUCUUGCACUUUAGACACUUCAAACUGCCUCCAAGGUAUCAAGAAAACAAUACCCCUGCAGGUGGCUCCUUAUUUAACUUGCCCUCAGUGAAAUCUGUUAGACAAUGCGUGGUGGGCUUCAGUCAUGCCAUUCAGUGGCAUUCAGCCCUGCUAGUAUAACAACUGAACAGUGAUAAUCUUCCUUCCUAAGCAGAGCUGGGGAUGAUUUCCUAUAUAAAUCCUUCACCUUUUCAGUUAAACGCCAGCAGUCAUAGCAACAGACACGCAAAUGGGUAAAUACAUAAAAAGAAUCUACUUCUUUGAUGUAGGGAACAGCAUGAUCAGAGUAAGGGAAAUGAGUCAGGUCUUAUGAGGUCUGUGCAUGGCUGUGCUGCUAACACGCUGUUUGAAUCUGUGCUCCAUGGUCCAGCGAGGCUGGAAGGUGUGACUCUUCACUGCCCAGGGGUUUCAUUGCACCUCUCUAUGCCUGGCUUUCUUCAGCUGUAAAAGCAGCGUUAUCAGCCUGCAGACACUGCCUUGAGGGUCUUGAAUGAGAGAUACUGCUAUGUGACUGCAAAAUACACUGUCAACAGCAGGAUGAAUUGAUAUUCGUAUUUCUUUCACAAUGACUGUGUGGCAAACUCCUUUGCAAAACAGCGGUGUUUGUCUUCCCACAUCUGCCUUCAUAGAAGAAUCUUAAAGCAGUUUACAAGCUUAGUCCAUAACAAGCGUAUUUGUUGGCUAAAUAUUGAUACUUUUACUUUGAAAAUGAGAUAUGAAGGCACAAAGAUUGUUGCUCUCCUUAGAGAGUACUUUAAAACAUCCCAGUUUCUGUGUCUCUCUUUUAGAGAGACUCCAUCUCUUCAGUUUUGGAAGGAGAGCUCAGGAGCCCUGACUUGGGUUGUCAGGUCUAAUGGCUUGGUGCUCUGUCCCUGAGUUAGAAGCCCUAGGAGGUCAGAAACUCUAACCUUCGCCAUCACAACCUGGUUUUAAUCAACCAGCUCUGUUCUUUUCCCAGAGUUGAAAUAAAAACGCUGGAGACUUCCUUGGCCUAUGCAGGUUGAGUGAAAGGAAGAGGUACCGCUAAUCCUUGCUCAUAACCUCUCCUUAGAUGCGCAGGUCCCUAAAGGAUGCUGUGGACACUAUUGUGCUUACAGUAAGCAACUGAAAGCCCAUCCACUUUGUAAUCAAAUUGUCUAGGAAGCCGGGUGAGCUGCAAUGGCCAGAGGGCACUCAUGUGAGGGAUCAUGUGAAGGCUUUAGCUGUCAUUUAGAGGCAGGGCUAUUAAAAGUCUUGUGUGGGGCCGAUGGAGCUGUUAACCCCUCUUGUUACAAUCAGAGCUUUGCUAAUCGCGUGGUGGGAGAGCUGCUUUGAUCUGAGGGGUGGAGGAGAGAGCGGAGGGGCCUUUUCAAGUGCAAAUUUCUUAUUACAGUGUCUCAGUUAACCCAGUUCUUUCUCUGUCUUGGCUUUGCCGGGCUUUCUGUGGUAAUUGUGAGAGCUGCUCUCCAGUGCCCUGCCUGUCUGGACCCAGCCAGGAGCAAAGUGAAUCACCUCCUGUGGCCAGACACAUAUUUCAAGCAAAGUUGCGGGGAAAGUGUGAUGGGCUGCCAAUGGCAUUGGUCUUCAUCCUCUCACCUCUUGUUUAUACAUUAUCACAGGAAUUUCAUGUUUGCCAGAGGUACCUAUUUGGCAUCCCCAUACCCUUGACUCCACAAAAAUGUCUGAGAACUGGACUGAGCCUUCCUGCUGCCCAAAGCAUUGUGAUAGUAUUUAUUGUGUCAAGAGGUAAAAUGACAGCAGAGGAAGCAUUGAGUUUCCUUGAGGACGACCACCUUUGUGGAAGGUCCUCGGGGACAACUCAGCAGCAGAUGUUUUUGCUGGAGGCCAGUUACUGCUCAGUACAUGGGUGCUUGUUGUGGCACAGAGCACCUGCCCCGUCACACAUGGGGCUUGCCAGAGCUGGGUGGAUGUAGUGGAGCAGCGGCAGCAAGCAUGCCCCACACACUCAUACCGGUACAGCUGCCAUCUCGCUUCGAUACCAGGCAGCUCAUUUCAAAACUUUCUGAUGAAGCACAUUUUUCACAGAAAAACAGCUUUUUUGUUGGUGUUUUUCUUCUUCUUUUUUUUUUUUUCUUUUUUUUUUUUCACAAAUCAGACAUUUCCGCUAGGGAAGGAAAAGGGCUGUAUGUCACAGGUUUUCAGGCUUUCUAAGCAGGCGCAGAGAAGUCAAACAAAACAAUAAAAGCAUAGAAAUUUUCCCUGACUGAUGUCACGAGAAAACAAUGACCAUUUCCUGGGAGGAGCCCCUGGGGCUGCGAGAGCGUCCCUCGUGUGUGGCAAUGUGCCCUGAAACCACCUCAGGGCUUCAAAAGGGCUUUAUGGCCCAGGGAAAGCUGCACAUGGCGAUGGCCCGACAUGGAGGCGAUGACGGGCAGGCAGGAUCGCAGUAGUGAGGGGGGAAAUGGAGCGCAGGCGUCGCCACCUGCUCUGAGAGAUGUGAACUGUGUCCCCACAAAGAUGGAGCCCUGAAACGGACCGACAACGGAGGGUGGGCCCACGUUGUCUGUGCUCUGUACAUCCCAGAGGUGCAGUUUGCCAAUGUGCUCACCAUGGAGCCAAUUGUCCUGCAGUAUGUACCCCACGACCGCUUCAACAAGACCUGCUACAUCUGUGAAGAGCAGGGCAGGGAGAGCAAAGCAGCCUCUGGAGCAUGCAUGGCCUGUAAUCGGCAUGGCUGCCGGCAAGCUUUCCAUGUCACCUGUGCCCAGAUGGCUGGCCUCUUAUGUGAAGAGGAAGUCCUAGAAGUCGACAAUGUCAAAUAUUGUGGCUACUGCAAGUACCACUUCAAUAAAAUGAAGACCUCACGUCACUCCGGAGGGAGCUCCUUCAUUGCUGGAAGACGGAGUCGAUCCACGUCCCCUGCUCAAGAGAAGCAUGUAUCCCACCACGAAAGGCCAAAGAAGAGUCGUAAGGACAAGGAAAGACCUAAACAGAAGCACAAAAAACGUCCAGAAUCUCCCACCAGCCUUACGCCAGCCCCAGUGCCCGUCGCUGCAGAAAAGGGCUCCACCAGCCACCAUGAGGGGAGCAAAGAGACCUCAGAGGUCGGGAGAUCGGAGGUGAAAGGCAAGAAGUCCUCAAGCCAUGGCAGCAGCCACAAGGGGAAAAAGACGGGAAGUGGGAAAAGCUCGGCUGGCUUCAGCUCAGCUUCCUCCAGCGGGACCUUCCAGCCUGCAGGCACCUCCUGCAGCUCCUUGCAGUGCUCCCAGGAUUUCGUGACAUUCCCCAAGCUCGAGCAGGACGACGAGAAGUACCGGAAGCCUGUCUCUUCCUCUUCUUCUUCGCACUGCUCCCCUCUGUAUGAAGGCCAGAAGGGGGAUAUCUUUGAGCAGAAGGUGAUCUUCUCAGGCUUUGGGUCCAUCAUGCGCUUCUCCACCUCUGCCGUGAGCCAGCAGCGAGGCCGUGAUGCCUCCCCUGUGGACUACAAGGCCUCGAACCCUGUCAGCGGCCCUUCGGUGGGGAGCAGCGGGGCCGCUGGCGGCGGCAGCAGCAGCAGCAGCAGCCACAAGCGCAUGCCGUCCCUCAGCAUGGAAGAGGGAGAGGUGCUGAAAGAAAAGAAGCACAAGGGCAGCAAGAAAAAUAAGCACGGGCCUGGCAGGCCGAAAGGGGGCAAAAGCAAAGAGAUUUUGGGUGCCCAGCUGGCUGGGUCCACGUCUACGUCUUCGUCGCCCUUCUCCGGGGGCUCCCUUGUUAGCUCCAGCAUCAGCAACUCUUCGCGGCCCUUCAGCCACACGGGGAACCUGCCCAGCCUCAGCAUGGAAUCCCCACUGCUGAGUUCAGGGAUCUACACCAGUAACAAGGACCCUAUUUCCCACGGGGGCGGAGUGCUCCGAGCUGUGUGCAGUACACCCCUCUCUUCCAGCCUGCUGGCACACCAGGGUACGUCGUCUCUCCCACAGCUCAACCGGUCUCCCUUUGCUAGCACCAUCCCAGCCUCCUCUUCCUCCUCGGUCUCCACCACGCAGGUGUUCUCACUGGCAGGUUCAACAUUCAGCCUCCCCUCCUCACAUAUUUUUGGAAGCCCCCUCACAUCUGGGCUGUCAAUCAACCCGCUCCUAAAUCAGUCGGAAAGCAGCCGGGCAGAGCCCGACCUGGAGGACUGCAGUUUUGGCUGCCGAGGGACGUCGCCCCAGGAGAGUCUCUCUUCCAUGUCCCCCAUCAGCAGCCUGCCGACCCUCUUUGACCAGACGGUGUCCUGCAGCAGCAGCGGGCAGCUGGAGAAUGUUCCCCAGGCCACCCCAAACAUCGAGCAGCUUCUGGAGAAGCAGGGCAAUGGGGAAGCCGGCGUAAACAUUGUAGAAAUGCUCAAAGCCCUGCACUCGCUGCAGAAGGAGAACCAGCGGCUUCAGGAGCAGAUCAUGACGCUGACAGCCAAGAAGGAGCGUCUGCAGCUCCUCAACGUCCAGCUCUCCGUCCCUUUCCCGGUGGUCACCAGCAGCAAUGGCCCAGGCAGCCAGGCCCAGUACAUCCUGCCUCCCAACGUCUGCAACAACGAUUCCCUGAGCAUCAGCAAGAGCCCGCCAUGCAAGAACAGCUUUGGGAUCGAGAACUCGCUCUCCACUUCCUCUGAGGACCCUCAUUCAGGUUGCCCCAGCAGGAGCAGCUCUUCCCUGUCCUUCCACAGCACUCCUCCACCCCUGCCCAUGCUGCAGCAGAGUCCUGCCUCGCUACCCCUGCCCGGGGCGCAGCAGGUGAAUGGCCUGGCCAGGGUGGCAGGCAGCGGGCUGGGGGGAGGCACCGCUGCCAGCCACAGCCUCUCCACGGUGCCCAUGGUGGACGGCCUGAUGGGGACCCUGGCAGGAGGCCAGCAGAUGCCCAUCAACGGGAUCCUGGGGAAUCUGAACGGAGCUCAGGCCGCCCAGCCUCCGAGCGCGCUGACGCAGGCGAGCGGGCCUCCGACCUUGCAGCUCUCCACCAGCCUGAGCAGCGUGCCCAGCCUGAGUCCCCUGACAGAGCAGCAGCGGCACGUCUUGCACCAACACGAACAGCAGCUCCAGCAGCUUCAGCAGCUCCUGACUUCUCAACCGCUUAAUCCGGAGCAGCAGGCCCUGGUGUUCCAGAUGAUGCAGCAAAUCCAGCAGAAGAGGGAGCUGCAGCGGCUGCAGAUGACGAGCUCGUCCCAGCUGUCCAUGAGCAGCCUCCUGGCGGCCACCUCUGCCCCCCUCCUGCACUCCAGCACCAGCGCCCUGAUGACCUCGGCCCCCCAGGCGCCCCCCAGCAGCAGCUCUCUCAUGGCCUCCCUCUCCCCCCAGCAGCUCAACCCUAGCAAUGCCCUCCUGGCUCCGCAGGCCACCCCGCCACUCAGCGCUCCUGGGAACAGCCUCAUGGCUUCGGGGACAGGCAUCCCACCUGUCCUUACAGCACAGACUAACCCGUUUCUCAACCUGCAGGCUGAUGGCAACACCCCAAAAGGAACGAGCAUGAAUGAAAAGGGAGCUCCUCUUACCCAGGACAAGGGCUAAGCUCCCCCCUCACCCCGAACAAACCAGCAGCCAACUCCUCUCAGCCAGGGGAAUGUGGCUUUCCACAGUCAGCAACUUUGAUACUGUUAGAGCAAUGAGCACAAGGCUUCCAAGAAGCAUUUCCUGCCGCUGGGCAAUGCCAAGAGGUGCUUUGGAAGACAGUACGUCUCUGACCAAGCCCUGGCAUCGGGAGGAGCGAAGGCGGGGGGCAGCCUGCCGUGCUGGUCUGUGCCACACAUGCUCAAAGUGAAGCUGUGUUUCCACGCAGAGUGGAGGAGAGCUAACACCAGAUGCCUGCCGGUCUCCUCCCUGCCGGGAGUGCAAGCGUGUGUUUACGUGUGUGUAGCCCCCAGGCCGAGGCACUAGAGACCGUCGAGCAUCCUUGGCCAAGACCUUGGUGGAGGGAGGCCCCUCUGCUGAGGACUCUUUUCUGCACAGUGCAGAGGAAUCUGGCAGUGCCCUCGGAGGCAGCACUGGAUGUGCCACGGCUGGGGAAGUGGGACGUGGUGGCAGCGCCUGCGUGGUCUGCUCCUCCCAGAUGGGGAGGCUGAGAAGAAGCCCCGCAGCUGAGGUUUCUCAACUGCUUCUCAUCUGCUGGGCUCUUAGGAUGCCGUUGUCUCUGUAGCCAUCAUACGAUGCCCCUGCACGCCAGCUGGAUCCAUACCCAGCCUGAAAAGACACGAGCGGUGGAGCGAUGGGAAAGGAUUGGUGCUUGGGGAGGUGAAAGCCACCAGCUUCUUUAAAGGACAUUGCCACGUCUGCUCACAAGCUGCUGUUGGGUCGGUGCUGUACGUUUCACGUGAAAAGCACACUCCUGCUCCUCAUGCCAUCUUUCACUCUACUUCCAAGAUUUCCAAAGCCUAAAAUUUCAGCUUGCAAAAAGGGGCCGUAGCCAGUAUUACCCAUAUCGUAGCCAGCUUCAGAAGGUGCGGUUUGAACCUGGUGCUUGUUUCCUAGGCUAAGCUGGGCGAUAGAAAUGUGUGUGUGUGGAAAAGACAGUCCCAGAUCUGGUACCUGUUCGUUCUUACCCACCACAAAUCAUUCCAGUCUGGCAAAAAAACAAAACAAAACAACAAAAAAAAAACACAACAGAAACCUACCAACGUUCUUCCACUGGUCUUGGGCACUUGAGAAAAGGGAUCUCCAAGCAAUGGGACAACCUCCCAAGCUAGGACAUCGGACCCUUCGUUGUUUUCCACCUCUUGACCUUAACUCCGUCUCGCAGCCUGGAACCUCGACAAAGGCACCGGCUUCCUCUGAGCUGGGAUGCGAUGGAUUGAGUGAAGGACAGGUGGGGUAGUCCUGAGGGAAGGGGAACAUCUACGUCAAACGUACGCGUGCCCCUUUGCCUCAUCCCCUGGCUAAAUGCAGAGCUCUGGUGGGUGGGGGGCAGGCGUGAAGACUCCAGCAAAUAGAAACUCUGAGGGUCUUAAAAAAUAAUAAUAAUAAUAAUAAUAAUAACUGUCAGACCUUAACAAAUAUUUUUCAGCACAUUCCCACUGCCCCUAACUGGUUUGCACUAUUCAAAUUUGUCAGCAGUGGGGCUGUGCUGAUAGUACUAGGAAAGUUUGUGAUAGGCAAAACUCAUCUGCUAAAUCUUUCAUCCUUUUUCUGUUUUGUUAUUUUUGUUUGGAGGAUUAUCACCACAGUGGUUGGAUAAGGCUAAAACAAAAGGAAGAACCUUUUUGAUCUCAGCCUCUAGUUCUGUGAACUGGGUAGAACACUGCUGUCUGCUCAGAAAUAUAUAUAUUAUAUAUAUAUAUAAUGUUUUUUAAUACAGAAAAGCUAAUGUUUUAACAAGGUUAAGAAGCUAUUGGAAAGAUGCAGAUGGCAGCUAAAAGUGAAAAUACAGGAAAAAAAGUCUUCUUCCCUCCCUCCUGGUCUCUGCAGCCUAGCGAGGAGCAGCCGAAGCGUGGCUCCUGCUGACACCCCCUGUCCCCAGCCGUCGCGUGCU